UAAUUUUACUGAAAGUCCACUGGGAUUGAAGCAAUCUGAUUGGCUGGUUGACCGGAGAAGGCAAGGAAGUGAAAAACGUUCGAUGACCGGCAGUCACUGCAGCUGGCGAACUCGAAGAGGUCGAAAAAGUUACAGACGUUUAAUCGCUACAAUUUCGAUGGUAAAUGUCAACCGCCAUGCCAUGUACAAACUCGACUGUCGUUCAUAUGAUUGCUGGAGGGAUUGGUGGUACCUCCGGUGCAAUAAUUACAUGUCCAUUAGAUGUUUUGAAAACAAGACAACAGUCAUCGAUAGCCGCGUAUGACUUGCAAAGAAUUCCAGCCGAGAGAACUCUCAUACAAAACAGUGCACUCCGUUUUUCAUAUUCACACGCAGCUGUUCACAGUGAAGCAACUGCCUUGAUCCAAGUGAAACCUGGAAUGCUCUACUGUUUAAGAAAAAUUGUCCAAGAAGAAGGGGUGAGAGCACUAUUUAAAGGUCUUGCUCCUCACCUUGUUGGUGUCACUCCAUCAAGGGCAAUAUAUUUCUCAGUUUAUGCAAAAACAAAGCGAAAUAUGAGGUCCCUUGGAGUUGUAAAUAAAGACAGUUUGCUUAUCCCUCUGACCGCUGGUGCAGCUGCUGGAUUUUGUUCCACCACUGCAACUUGCCCAAUUUGGGUACUAAAAACAAGACUUCAACUAGAUAAAAGGCGCCGAGGAGCCACUUUACGAGAUUGCAUAGCCAGGACAUAUCAGACAGAAGGUAUUCGCGGAUUCUAUCGUGGACUGUUGAUAUCGUAUGUUGGCAUUGCAGAAACCAGUAUACACUUUCUUCUAUACGAACAAAUGAAAGCAUACCUGCGGCCAUGCGGCACUGACGCUGAUGAGAACGGUAAAUGUUUGGGCGACUUUGCGCAAUUCAUGGUAGCUGCAAGUCUUUCAAAAAUCAUAUCUUGUACAUCAAUGUACCCACAUGAAGUGGUGAGGACUCGCUUGAGACAGCCUGUUGUAGAUGGAGUGAAAAAAUACCGCUCAAUGUUACAGACUUUGCGUUUGGUUGCCGUCGAAGAGGGUAUUCGUGGUUUGUACGGGGGACUUACAACCCAAGUUAUCCGUCAGAUUCCAAAUACAGCAGCAAUGUUUGUUACUUAUGAGCUUGUUGUUAGCUUUUUCUGUAAUUAAGAUGUAUAUUGUAAUCUAUAAUUGUACAUACUUCUUUUAUGAUGAAUAUUUAACGUAGCGAAAGCUUUUCAAAAUCAGCAAGGUCUCCAGCAGUUUAAGCAAUGAUUCUCUGAACUUUAAGUGUCUUUAGAGUUGAGAUUGACAAAUGUAGGGAAAACUAUUCCUAUUAGAAGAAUUUCAGAAAAUAUUCCUUAAUUGUCGCUUUAUUGAUCUUCCGUUAUGGACAUGAAUACGUUUAUUUCAUGUUCUGUUUGUGUUUUGUCAAAGUUAGUGUUUGUUCGAGUUUUUAAUGUAGUCUAUUUUAUUUCCAAUUCCUGUCUCACAUCAUCAAAAGAUCAUUUUUCGACUCUUUUGUCUUUUAUAAAAACCUACCCAUUACUCGAAAUUAUAAUUAUCAAAUAUUUUUAGACUGAUGAAAUUUCAAAACUGAGCUUUUUCUGAAAAUGCCCUGAUAUUUUCAUACAUUCUUGAAAAGGGGUCAGGUACAGUGUUGAUCAUACGUGAUCAUAUGUUUUUAAAGUACCGUGUUGAUCAUACGUGGUGUGCAUGUAAUUUAUCAAUAGAAUCGGGUUGUCUUGAACGACAGCACCUUUAGGUUUGCAAAUUUCCUAGUGGAAUUUUAUUGUUCUGUACUAAAUAAGCAUCAAAUUAAAGCGUCUUAAUUUUUUGUACGUUAUUGUUGCAAGAUUGAUUUAAUGGCUACUGAA